CACACAAGGAGGCAGCCCCAAACAGACGGAAGAGAGAUGAGGGAGAUGUCAACAAGCUGUUGUCCACAAUCACAUCAGGCCUUAUGACAUGGCUUCUGUACAGAUGUUAAAGUCUGGUGGUGUGUCAUACUUUGGAGAGCUCGCGUCCAAGCACUACAGUCUUAUCACUGCACCAUUUGCUCAGAAGGGAUGCAUGCGAGUUGAUGUGAUCAUGGACCAGUACAGGAGCAUGUCAAUCAAAGCUGGAGAGCGUGCCAAACGGGGAGCAUCCACUGCCCUAGAGAUCAAAAUCCAGAGCCCAGCAACACCAAUUCCCAAGCAGUGGCCAAAAUACAUUGCCAAUUCACAAAACAAGACCAAUCUGUGUGCCUUCCUGUCGGAAACGUGGUGUCACAUGGCACAAGAGAAGCUGCAACUCGGCCAGCAAAUAGUCCUUGCUGGUGGUUUCAGAGAUGGUCAGAAGGCGGUUCUAGUUAUCAAAGGACACUGUGAGGAGCUAGCACCUCUCAGAUCAGACCACGAGGAAGCAGACACUAGACUACUGCUGCAUGCGAAACAUGCAUCGCAUGACCACAAAAGGAUCAUCAUCCAAUCCCCAGACACAGAUGUAGCUGUACUGUGUGCCACUCACCUCACCUCCUGCCAACAACUAUGGUUCCGCACUGGGGUUAAGGACAAGCUGAGGUACAUCCCCAUGCACAAUUUGGCUGCCGAGUUGGGUCCACAGCUCUGUGAUGCAUUGCCAGCAUUCCAUGCACUGACCGGAUGCGACUCUAACAGUUCACUGUGUGGAAUCGGCAAGAAGAAAGCCUUCAACACAAUAUGUGCUAGUGAGCUGCACCAGGAGAGUGUGUCUCAGCUGGGCAAAGACACCACAAUGAGUGAAGACACUAUCUCUGGGUGUGAAGCGUUUGUGUGCAGUGUAUACACAAAGACCACAAAAGCUGGCAGCAAAGCCGAUGAUGUGAGGUACUGGCUUUUCUGUCAGAGAGGUCAGAAGAAUGAGGUGUUGCCGCCGACUUCAGACAGCCUCCUUCAACACCUAAAGCGUUCAAACUACCAAACUGUUGUAUGGAGGAGGGCACUGGAUGCCAGACAGGACUUGCCAACACCCGAGCAACAUGGCUGGAGCAUCUCAGAUGGUGCUCUGCAACCUGUGCUGAUGACAAAGGAGCCAGCACCACGUGGACUGGUAGAGCUUACGGCAUGUCGCUGUAAGAGGUCAGCCUGUCGUCGUGCAGAUUGCUCCUGUAGGACAAAUGGACUUGCAUGAAAGCCUGUGUUUGCAUGGCCGAUGA